CUUCACACAUCCGGGCAUCACAGCACUGACAGACUCGGAGUGCCAAGGCGACGGUGUCAAUACAAAAGCGAAGUCGUUAGCAAGCUAGCCGAGCUCCGCGGACUCGUUUCCUCCGUCUUUUGGUUUUCCUUUUAGUUUCUCAAACCUUUACCGCGCGUUAAACUUCAGGCGCGACCAAGAUGGAUAUUCUUUAGUCGAGGGCAUAUUGUCAUCGCUCUGGUAUGCAGGUGAAACCUACUUGUCAUUAACUCUGACAGUGUCACUGUGCUCCCUGCAAACCUCGUUCACCUCCGUGAUUGGCAAGAUACAUGGUUUUUCAUGAAGAGAGGCGAGAAACCCGAAGGAUACAGGCAGAUGCGGCCCAAGACGUUUCCCGCAAGCAACUACAGUGGCAACAGUCAGCAGAUGUUGCAGGAGAUCCGGGAGAGCCUGCGAAACCUCUCCCGGCCCUCUGAUGCUGCCAAAGUGGAAACUGGUGGCGGCAAGAGCCUGCCGGAGGACUUGCGGCAGCAAGGCCGGAGCACCAACCCCAAAAACCCCUACCACAAAGCCCUGCAGGAGAUUCGCAAAUCAUUGCUGCCGUUUGCCAACGAGCCCACCUGCAGUGGUCGCACACCUGAGGUCAACACGCAGAUGCUUCAGGAGCUGUUGGCUGCAGGCUUUGAAGAGGAAAUGGUGAUCUGUGCUCUGAAGCACACCAACAAUCGCAGUGUGGGGGCAGCUAUAGAAUACAUCAGUAAGAUGAGCUACCAGGACCCGGUGAGAGAGCAGAUGGCAGCUGCAGCAGCACGUCCAGCUAACGCAGCUAUCAAAGCAACUGGCCCCUCUCACAUCCAACAGCCCGUUUUGCGGAGGCCAAGCUGGAAAGGCUCCAAGGAAUCUCUGGCUCCACAGUGGCAUGGCGCUCUGAUGUCCGACGGCAUCAUGUACCGAUCAAACAGCCCUGGCCCUCAGGCCGACUUACCCCGUCCUUCCACCUACCCCCAGAGCCAUGCGCCUGGGGUUAGCAGUCAGCGGGUGAACCCUCCCCUUCCUCCUCAGGUGCGUAGCGUCACCCCUCCCCCCUCCUCCUGGGAAUCGAACCCCGCCACCAAGCGCUAUUCUGGAAACAUGGACUACCUCGGGCCGCGCAUUUCCCCAGUCCCACAGGGGCCAUGGCCUGAUGGUUUUUCGAACGCUCCAGCCCAGGCCCAGAGGGGCAUCAGCCCGGUGCCUGUGGGCCGCCAGCCCAUUAUCAUGCAGGGCUCUGGGGGAAACAAGUUCAGCUUUCCCCCUGCCUGGCCCCAGAAUGGCUCAGCGCAGGCAGAUUACAUGAGCAUGGCGGGUGGCGGCAGGCAGCCUCCUCCUCCGUACCCACUGGGUCAAGCGAACAGGCACAGUCCCACAGCCCAGCAGAUGCAGGCCGGCGGCCCUGCGCCUUCUCCCCCCUACUCCAACGGAGGCAACCUGCCUCCAUCCAUGCUGGUGCCUAACCGUAACAGCCAUAACUUGGACAUGUACCUUGGGGUAAUGCCCCAGCCCAGGCCAUCACAACAGCAGCCUGGCUCCUCCCCUGGAAACAGCAGUAACCAGGAAGUCCCUCCCCCUUCUUGGCCUCACAGCAUCCCAGCACGCUCCAACUCAUUCACUAACACUCCAACGGGUGGACGCCAGGGCCCGCCCGCUCCCAGCUCCCAGCCCUCCGCUACCACCGUCACUGCCAUCACACAGGCACCCAUUCUGCAGCCAGUGAAGAGCAUGCGGGUACAAAAACCUGAACUUCACACAGCUGUGGCCCCAACACACCCACCAUGGCUCCAGCAACAACAGCAGCAGCCACCUCCUCCUCCCUCUCCAUUUCAGGAGGCUUCUGUGCCCGGGCCUGCUGUGCCCCAGAUACCAGCUGUGUCUGAGGUGCCGAGCUACCAGGGUCCUCCACCUCCUUACCCCAAGCACCUCUUGCAGCAGCAGCAACAACAGCAGCUAUCUGCUCCAUGUCCAGCUUACGAGUCCAACCCCAACGGCAGGAAGGAAGAUGAGGGUGGUGAGGAUGAUACGGACAAUGCCAGCACCUGCUCCAGUGAGCGUGCCGAGGGCUCUGAGACGGCCGUGAGCACAGAGCGGGAGAAGAAGCAGAUCACUACAUCUCCGGUACCAGUGCGGAAGAACAAACGUGACGAGGAGCGUCGAGGAGAAGGCAGGGUGCAGCUGUAUUCACCACAGGCCUUUAAGUUUUUCAUGGAGCAGCAUGUGGAGAACAUUUUGAAGAAUCACCAGCAAAGAAUCAGGCGCAAGAAACAGCUGGAGAGUGAGAUGCAACGGGUGGGUCUGUCUGAGGAUGCCCAAGAACAGAUGCGCAUGAUGCUCUCUCAGAAAGAGUCCAACUACAUCCGCCUCAAACGUGCCAAGAUGGACAAGUGUAUGUUUGAGAAGAUAAAAACACUGGGCGUGGGAGCAUUUGGCGAGGUCUGUCUGGCACGGAAGGUGGACACUGGUGCACUCUAUGCUAUGAAAACCCUGCGUAAGAAGGACGUGCUUCUGAGGAACCAGGUGGCCCAUGUGAAAGCCGAGAGAGACAUCUUAGCUGAAGCGGACAACGAAUGGGUGGUCAAGCUCUACUACUCAUUCCAGGACAAGGACAGCCUAUACUUUGUCAUGGACUACAUCCCUGGCGGCGACAUGAUGAGCCUGUUAAUCCGGCUGGGCAUUUUUGGUGAGGAGCUGGCGCAGUUUUACAUUGCUGAACUUACCUGCGCUGUAGAGAGCGUACACAAGAUGGGCUUCAUCCACCGUGACAUCAAGCCAGACAACAUCUUAAUAGACCGUGACGGGCACAUUAAGCUCACCGACUUCGGCUUGUGCACGGGGUUCCGCUGGACACACGACUCAAAGUACUACCAGAGUGGUGAUCAUGUGCGACAGGACAGUAUGGAUUUCAGUAAGGAGUGGGAAGAUCCUGCAAACUGUCGCUGUGGCGACCGUCUCAAGCCACUGGAACGGCGGGCUGCUAGGCAACACCAGCGCUGCCUGGCCCAUUCGCUAGUGGGCACACCAAACUACAUCGCCCCAGAGGUGCUGCUACGGACAGGCUACACACAGCUGUGUGACUGGUGGAGCGUGGGGGUGAUUCUGUAUGAGAUGCUGGUUGGCCAGCCUCCUUUCCUGGCUACAACUCCACUGGAGACCCAGAUGAAGGUUAUAAACUGGCAGACAGCGCUGCAUAUCCCACCGCAGGCCAAGCUGAGUCCAGAGGCAUCAGACCUGAUCGUGAAGCUGUGCCGCGGGCCGGAGGACCGGCUGGGGAAGAACGGCGCAGACGAGAUCAAGGCGCACCCCUUCUUCAAAACCAUCGACUUCUCCAUCGACCUGCGGCAGCAACCCGCACCCUACAUCCCCAAAAUCACGCACUGCACAGACACGUCAAACUUCGACCCCGUCGACCCAGAUAAGCUCUGGAGCGAUGACGAUGGUAACCAUAACGACACGCUGAAUGGCUGGUUCAAGAACGGCAAGCACCCGGAGCACGCCUUCUACGAGUUCACCUUCCGGCGCUUCUUUGACGACAACGGCCAUCCAUACAGCUGCCCCAAACCCAUCGACGAGGGUUACGACGAGCAGGGGGAGGAGCCUGAAAACCCGAUCCAGGUGCAUGGGGCGGGGCAGGGGCGGGACCUGGUCUACGUUUAGUUGACUUUAUUCUGCAACAAAAGGCAGACACUGCACAUCAUCUGGCUGUGGGAAGAAUGAGUGAGUGAGUGUGUGUUCAGCCUCCCACUCAUUUGUUGGUACGGUUUUUAAGUCUGCUUUUACACUACAUAUGGGUGUGUAUAAUUUGUUCGUCGUUCAAAUCGCACUCUUUUUAUCAGUGCAGUCUGAACUAAUGAGAAUUUAAUGAUACUUCGGACGGUCUGUAUUUUUCGAACACGCUUCCGAGUCAUUUUAAGCCUUAAUUUAUUUAAACCAUUGUAAAACGAGGACACUAGUGGAAACGAAUAGUUCGAUUAUGCCUUCUUCACAAAUGACAUGUUAAUUUAUGAUUGAGUAGGUGUCUUUCUCGCUCUGAUCUGGCCUUGAGUGGGCUGUGCAGGGAUUGGUCGAUUUUAUUAACUCUGUAUUGCUGUGCCUUUUAUUUUACACUCUUUCACCAAAAACAUGAGGGGAAGUAGCAUCUUUAGCCAGUUGAUUGAACUGACAGCUAGUAUGAGCAACUGAUAGAGAAAAUUGUGUGAAUUGUAUUAUUAGCCUUCUGUGUAUUUUCUAAUUUAUACACUCAGAAAUGUAUUUAUAAAUUAUGCAGUGUACAUUUUUGUACAUUUUGGUUUUGUUUUUCAUUCUCAAUUCUGUUGGUGUAGGAAAUAAACCCAAGGGCAAGCUCCCUUCCUCUCUUUCUUCA